CAGAUUAAUUUCAAUUCAAAAGAACGAGACGGGUAAUAAAAUCAAUUUCUCCCUAAGAGAGAGGGGUGUGAAAUGCUGCAUCUCCUUGCCUAAUCCCCACAGAAAUUGGCUCGUUGGUUCUAUCAAGUUUCAACAACGCCGCUGUUCUGGAGUUGUCUCUUGCCCCUCUUCACUUAGUAUCUGCCCUCCUCUAGCUAAAGAUCAGUGUCUUUGCUCCAGUCUCCCUGAACCCUAGUUGGCAGCACCAACAUGGCGAUGGUUGAGGCGGCACCUACGAGCAUAGGAGGUAUCUGAAGGCUACGGCGGCAGUGGCACAUGGCCAUACCAAAUUCAGUAUUCUGAAUUUUUGAUUGUAUAUUUGUCGGUCCAAUUUUCCCAUUACAAGAAUUAAAAUUGCUUAGGCUGUAUUUGUUUCAUUUUUUGUUUAAUUAUGUAUGGUGAUUUUAGAAUUUUAGAUUAUUAGAUGGUUCUUAAUGUGUGACAUUGAGUUAAUUCAUAGUUCGAGUUGAAUUUGAUGUGACUUGAAAUUGAAACCAAGAUAUAUAUCAUUGAAAUUGAUUGUUUUUCCAUUUUUGGAUAGAUGUCAAAGUGUCAUAUAUGAACCUCAUUCUUGACUUUUGCAGUGUUCUACUCACAAGAAUUAGUUAGAUGAUUUGUAAUUAUCUAUUACAAUGAUUGAUAGUUUGAUUGAGAAAAAUGGAUUAUAAAAUCUAAAAGAUUAAAUCUUUUACUCUUAACUGUAAAAUCAAUUUUCAUCAUAAAAAAGAAAUGAUACAACAUUUAAUGACCUGGUGCAUCAACUAGUUUUUAUAUCAAAAGGGUUUCUAAACAUAGUGUGAGGAUUGCUUGAUGAGAAGGAAGGCUUUUCCCCUAUACUAGGUGUUCUUAUGUUCUAUAAAUGAUGUACAUUAGUUGCUUUGAGCCCAUGAACAUGAUUUAUGUAAAUUAUUAUGUAUCAUGUGGAUAGAAGUUUUGAUUUUUAUAAACAAGAAGCUUUCCCACUUAAUGUCUGACAAUGAUGGUUUCUUUUCUCUUGAAGAUGAUUCACUUGCUGGAUUGUAUUUGUUUAAAAAAUGCAUAUUGGUUUCACGUUAGAAGUAUAUCAUGUUUACUCUAUUUUGAUUUCCUGUGAGAAGCCGGAGGGAAUCGUUGCUGCCUAUUUUUCAAUCAAUUGACUUCCAUACGCUUUAAAAUUUAGUUAGUAUGCAUUGAGAUUUAUUGGGGGGGGGUAUAUUGUUAUAAUAAAUUUGUCUCAAUGUGUCAUAUGAAUAAAUUCUGCACCUUUCUUGCUUGUACAACUAAAGCAAAAGCAAACCUGAGGAUGGUUCCUGAAUUGAGAUACUGAUGCGGUUUCGUGUGCUGUUCCUAAAGCAUAUUGUGUGUGAGUUCUGGUAUAUUUUUUGUUAUUAAUGCUGGUGAAUGCCAUUCUUUGUGAGGUGAGUUUCUCAUUCUGAAAACAUUUUGUUGACCAUGGCUAUAAGCAGCUUCAAAUAUUUUUUAUUUUUUUAUUUUUUUAUUUUUUUUUGCUGCAGUGUGGACAUGCUGUUGCUGUGCUAACAUUCUAAGCUGAUCUGUUCACCGUAAUCUUUCAGGAAAAUAAGUAAUGUCGGAUAUUGAGAAGACUAAUAAAAUGUGGAGUCCAAAGCCUGUUGAACACGGGGACUCUGAGGCUGCCAAGCUUUGUAUGGUUCUUCAUGAUUGCAAGCAAUCUGUCGAGGAUUCUUUGCAGCAGACCAUCAGGACAAAGAAGCUUAAACAUGGAAAAUUCAAGGGUCAUGAUGGGAAUUAUGUAAGGCUUGGCCCUUGUUUCAAACCUGAAAAGGUUGAUAAAGUGCUCAAAUCACUUAAGGAGUGUUUUCCGACUGAAUUUACCAAGCCACCCUUUUUGAAUGAGCCAGAGAAGCUAAAGUGUGAUUGGGUGAAAAGCUCAGGCAAGCCAGUCAAUGGUUGGACUUCUACCAUUGACACUCGACAAUGGUUCAAUCGACUUUCUAGCAAGCACAAUAAAUGGAGGAAGAUGCGUAUUUAUGAGUUUUUAAGGCUCUCUACAUAUCCUGCUUUGCCAUUCUAUGGUGCUUUGACUCUGGGAUUGCUUUGUUGUUGGAACCCCUGCCUCAAUGUGUUUGUCACUGGUCAAGGUUUUAAAACCAUCACACUUGAGGACAUAGCUUUUCUUACAGGGUUGUCUCCUGCUGGUAUAGACCUCCCCACUCAAGUUUUAAUAGAUGGAGCUCUUGACAUGGAGAAGAUUACACCAUGGAAGAAUAAAACAAACAUGUCAUAUAGCUCCAUUGUGGAUUUUUAUAACCCUGAUAAGAAUAAAAAUCUUGAAGUUGAUAUCUCUAGGAAAGAAGAGGUAUUGUUUAUCAACCUUGCUUUAUGUAAAUUGAUGAUGUUCCCUUCUUGCAAUGUCAAUAAAACUUUCUUGAAGCUUGCGGCAAAUAUUGAGGCUUCAGGAAACGACCAAAAGGGAAUUAAAUCCUUGUGUCUUGCCCCUCUGUUCCUGGGACAAGUGUAUCGAUGUCUCUAUCGACUUCGAACCCAUGAGAAGCUUUCUACUGCUGGUGGCCCUAUAUGGGUCAUAUCUAUGUGGGGACUUUUUUACUUCCCUCGUCUUGUUGAACAUAAAGAUGACGAAGAACUGAAAGCUGACUUUGACAAGCCUGCAGUUCUUCCUGUCAAAGAAUGUUGCUGCUAUGGAGAGUUGGCUAUUCAUACCAAUUCUCCAGUGGUACAUCUAGCAUUUGAAGAAGUCUUACGGGGACUUUUGUUCCCCAGGGAGGCAAAUCAAUCUGAUUGGCUUCCUUUUUCUGGUGAGGAUGAAAUGGAUAUUUCAUCAGAGGUAAAAUUUGGGGAGGAUACAUUAGGGCAAUGCAUGAAGGCAACAACCCCAAUUUGGCUUUUAGAGAUAUCUUGCAUGAUGAUCCGUGAAAAGGAUGAAUCACAUUGGUCAUCAAUUUUGUUACCUCGAGACCUCAUCUGUCUCGAACCACAAGUUAUUGGCGUUGAAGUCUAUAAUCCCAAUCUCGUGGCUCGUCAAUUUGGAAUGACUCAAGGUCUGGGCAUCCCCUACUAUAAGACUUUAAAUCGUCCUUGGGGAACCAGACCCAAUCUCUUGGACAUGGCCUUGAAACCAACAGACAACAAGUUUGCCUUCACUGAGACAUGGCUGAAGUCUUUCCCUACCUACGAGGUAAAGACUCUUCAUAUCAUCCCUUGGUUUAGACGGGCUGAGAUAGACCCAGGUUAUGAGCUCUGGUGGAUUGAUUUUCUCAAGAGGUGUCAGCCUUCAUGGCUUGAGGCCUUUGCCACUCUUAUUCGGAACAUCCAAGGCCCACUAAUGGUUUCUUCGCCAUCAACUGUCCAAGCUAUGAAUCCAAGGCAAAAUAAACAAAGUCGAGCUCGAUUCCCUGUUGAUCCUCGUCAGACAAAAUCUUCGAGCCAGAUAGAAAAAAAUGCUCAAACAUCUAUUGCAAAGAGGGAACUGAAAAGAAAGAGUGAAAGGAUCAUGGCUGCUUCUACUUCCCGGCAUUCAAAGAAGGCUGUUGUGGAAGAGUCUAAAGAAUGUGAUGAUAAUACCCCCCUCAGGAUAUUUAGGAGGCGGCAUUCUACUGAAUCUACUCCAUCUUUCCAGCGUUCCCUCAGGACUAUAAGAAAAAAAAGAAAAUACAAUUAUCAACCAGUAGUUUCUAGGACUUCAAGUAUUGUGCUGGCUUGUUCAAAUAAUCCAAAACAAAUAAACGUUAAGCCGAAUAAUAUCUCACAAACCGUUGGCCCUGAUAUUUAUAACGUUUCCUUGAAAGUUCUCAAGGUUCUUGAGAAGGAAGUGAAAGAGGAAGCAACCACCUAUGCUAUAGAGCAGGAUACUUCCCAUGCUACCCAAGGUAUUCCAGAAUGCUUAACAAAAAUAAUUGCUGAAGAAAUAGGAUAUGAAACUGCGGGUUCUGAGCCUGAGGACUCACUUGAGCCACCUCAUGAGAUGGUUCGUGGAAUGGGUUCUGCUAAUCUCAAAGAGACAUCAUCUGUUCUUUCAAUGGACCUAAAUAAGGUGACUUUGGAAUCCCAGGAAGCCAACCUUAAUAGUAUCUCUCCUCAAGCAGAAGAUCGCCCAUCAAUAGAAGUGGAGCCUGCGGAAGGCUCUGGGACGAGAGGUGCCACCACUUCAGACAAUUCUCAAGCUAUUGUUGUUGAUGGCUCUUCCGCAUUCUUGGAGAUGGAGCAACCUUUUAGCCCACAAGGGCUCUCUUACACCCCUGAAAAGGCACUUGCUGAGGUAAAUUCACUUGUGUGUCUCAUUGAGGAUACCCUUCGCCCUGCUUCUAUUCCAUCAGCAUUUGAUGUUGAGAAAGAAAAUGCAGAGAAGAUUCUCAAUGUAUUGCAAAGCAACAUGGAGAACCUCACAGCAUAUGCUGACCUAGCAGAUCAGAUUAAUAAACUUGCUGUUGUAUCCCCUCCACAAUUUCAGCCUAAUUUGGCUCAUUUUCGGAACAUUUUCUUAUCCCUUCAAGAUCAGCUGCAAGAUAUUUAUAAAGAUGGAGCUAGACAGACCUGCAACACCGACACCCUUCGUACCUUGAGCAGUGCUGCCAAAGAGCUUCGAGAUCGUAUUCAGAAUAGUCAAGAGCGAAUAGACCGAAUUCAAGCAGAGUGUAACGAAUACGAUAAGGAGAUUGAAGAGCUGGAGUCAAAACUUCUGAACCUGAAGCAACUAAGAGCCAGUAAACAGCAAGAGCUAGCCCUAGAACAGAAUAAAUUUGCUGAUUUUUCCUUAAGUUGGUCAGUUACUAUUCCAUCUCUUCAAAAGCAGGCUAAAAUUAUGGUUACUGCUCAACAGACGAAGGCAGAACGGGAAUCUACCCUCAAAACUGUCAAGGCUAAUGUCCAUAGUUUUCUUGAGCUUUUAAGAACAAUGUAAUUUUCUUCAUUUAGAGGAAAAAAAAGAUACAGCUAUCCUCUCUGUACUUUAGUGUAGAGUAUUCCAUUGCUGGAUGCGCCAAAAUGUUUGUAUUAUUUUAUUCAAAACGUCAUAAUACUUUGGCCUUGUUUGGCAAUUAACGAUUAGCUAUUAGUCGGUUGUGUUAGCUAUUAGCUAGUUGUAUUAGAUGAUUGGACAAGUUAAUUGUAUUAGUUCUUUGUCUAAAAGUGUUGUGAAUUACUGUUAGCCGAUAUAAACUACCUUAUUGUCUGAAAAACAAAAUAAGGAUAUUGAUUAUUUUA